AUCUUCGCGCGCUCAUGUAAUAUCCUCUCUAAUCAUAACACUAAUUACUGGUGUCUAGUAUUCAAAUGAGCAGUGAAGGGAAUAGCCUUGAAAAGCAGAUCUUUUCAGACGACUUAUACUUAGUUUGGUUGGUGAAAUGUUUUAUCAUCAUCUGCUGAUAUUUCUGUUUGUAAUUUGUUGGGAAGAACAAUCUUUAGUCAUCGGAGAUAAAACACUGGUGUCUCUAUUAUUGGAAUGGGCAGAGGGAAAAGACUUGAAUAGCAGACUAACAUAGAUCUUUCAGACGGUUUACAGUUAAAAUGUUUUAUCAUCGAUUUGCAUUUCUGCUUGUAACUGGUUUAUCAAGGCAAUCUUCAGUCGUCGGAGAUACAGCGGAAACUUUGCCCAUUACUAUACAAGAUGGCUGGUAUAAAGAGAAACUUGCAGGUGAUAUGUUAGGAUUUUUCUUUAGCUCAGGGAAGUACUUAGUAUGUGAUACUACAGAAAAGCAGGAACCAAAAUCCUGGUUAAGAACUGACUUCAUUGAAUUCAAUGGAGCUAAACGCGUAUUCAUUUACAUUAGUUACACCAUCAGAAAAUGUAAAUCUAUCUCUAGAUAUUGCAAAGAACAUUUUAAACUUUACGCGGCACAAACAAGCAAGUCUGCAUUAAGUCCUAAACCUCCUAAUGGAUUUGAGGAAAUUGCAAUUGCUCAGCCUCAAAACCUCAAAGAUGGAGUACCAUAUGAAAGGGACGUCAUUGUGUUGAAUGCAACAAUCAAAGCAAAGAUGGGUGGAUUUUAUCUGGCUUUCUUGGAUCAAGGUGUAUGUCUCACAUUGUACAGUAUCAAAGUAAUGUUUUACUUCUGUCCUGAAUAUUAUCCUGAUUUAGUCAAGUUUCCAAGAACAAUAUCUCCAGCUGAAGACAUUGUAGGAUCUCAGGGUCAAGUUCAUGGAUCUUGCUCUGAUUCAAAUGCUAAAAGUACAAGUAAAUUACUGGGUGUUUGCACAACCAAAGGAGUGUGGAAGACUAAUGCCAGUUGUCUGUGCAAACCAGGAUAUGAAUAUUUGACUCAUCCCAGACGACGAUGCAAAGUUUGUGGGUUUGACCAGUAUAAGAGUUCUCUCGACAACAGCAGGUGCAAGACAUGCCCUGUUGGUUCAUACCCAUUUGCCCAGAAGACAGAGUGUAGAUGUAAUUCAGGAUUUUUUAGAAUUAAUGAAAAGGACAAUGAGCCAUGUUAUGCUCCAUCAGGUCCCGUUACUCUCGAUGAGAAGAAAGGAUCCUAUUCCAAAACCACCAUUGUGCCGGCGAGCGGGAUUGGAGGAACGCUAGCUCCAUCAGGUCCCGUUACUCUCGAUGAGAAGAAAGGAUCCUAUUCCAAAACCACCAUUGUUGCGAGCGGGAUUGGAGGAACGCUAGGUUUGUUAUUUGUAAUUGCUCUGUUGGUGUGCUACCUGGUGAAUCGUCGACAGAAAAAGUUACUGAAGAUGCAAUACAAGGCGAUGAAAUAUCUCAGAGGUGAUGAAGAUUCCAAGUUUGACCCAAACCGCUCUAUUCUUGAGCAGUGUGAAGAAUUGCCUUACGAUGCUGACUGGGAGUUUCCUGUCAAAAGACUAAUUCUCCAGGGGGUCAUUGGUUCGGGGGCGUUUGGUCAAGUCAUGAAAGCCGAAGCCGUUGGGAUUUUGUCGUUCAGUGCUGGUGACAAGAAGUCGAUAGCAUUAAAAAGACGAUUGAAAUUGCGUAGGAGAUUAAUGUUCAAUCACAUUUUUCAAGAUUCUGCAGGAAAUGACUGCACUAGAACGACUGUCGCCGUCAAGAUGCUUAAAGCGGAGGCAAACGAGAGUGAUUACAAAGACCUCGCGAUAGAGCUGAAAAUAAUGAUACACCUCGGAGAACACAGUAACAUCAUCAACCUUCUUGGCGCAUGUACUCGAAGUGAGCAGCUCAUGGUCAUCAUGGAGUUUGCGCCUCAUGGAAACUUGUUGAACUUUCUGCGAAGUCGCCGUGAGAUCUACGAGGCCACGUGGCGUAAGACGGCUAAUAACCCCGAUGCUGAAUUCACAUUAGCAGAUUUAGUCAUGUUCUCGUAUCAGAUCGCUAGGGGAAUGGAUUUCUUGUCCUCAAAAAAGUGCGUCCAUCGUGACUUGGCCGCAAGAAACGUCCUUGUUGGAGAAGAUUACGUCAUGAAGAUCGCUGACUUUGGUCUAGCACGUGAUAUUUACAAAUCCGAUCUGUAUGUCAAAGAGACAACAGGGCUGUUGCCUCUAAAAUGGAUGGCUCCUGAGUCACUUUUUGAUCGAGUUUAUACUCUAAAAACGGACAUGUAA